CGCUGCGGGGUGGGGGGGUCGGCGGCCACGGCCCGGUGUCACUCCGGGGCGGGCUCUCCCCGGUGGUCACCGCGCCUUCGGGGUCACCGGCGGGAAAAGGCCGCCGUGGGGGACUUCGGAGGAUUUCGUUCAAGCUGGCUGCCCCCUCAAAUCAACCACUUCUCGGUGAUUGACAGCUGUCAAUCACUCUGGCGGCGCAGCGCUGCGGGCCGCCGGCCGGUAGGGGGCGCUGUGGGGCUAGCGGAGGCGGGAGCGGCGCCCCCUGGCGGCAAGGUAAGGCCGUGGCACCCGGUGCGGUUCAGGAGGCGGCUCCGGUCACGGCGCGCAGCUCCAGAGGACGCCCGGCGGCGGUGGGACCCGUGCUGCAGCCCGGCGGCGAGCAGGAAUGGAGUCCCCGGACCCGACGAGCUUCUUCUCCGCGGUUCCCCCGCCAGCACCGGGCAAAGCCCCGAGGCCGAGCGGUGCCAACAUCUCCCUGUGGACGGUGGUGGCGGCGCUGCAGGCGGUGGAACGGAGCGUGGACGCUCACGCCUCGCGGUUGCUCAACCUGGAGCGCCGGACGGUGACCACCGAGAAGAAGUACUUCGACUGCGAAAAAACGGUGGUGGAUUUCGGGAACCAGCUGGAGAGCAAACUGGCCGUGCUGGGCACCCUCAUCCAGGAGUACGGGCAGCUGCAGAAGAGGCUGGAGAACAUGGAGAACCUGCUGAAGAACAAGAACUUCUGGGUGCUGCGGGUGCCCCCCGGGAGCGAGGUCCCCCAGGCCCCGGCGGCGGCGUUUGAGAGCGAGUCCGCUUACUUCUCUGCUGCAGAGUGGGAGAACCUGGAGGAAUGGCAGAGGGAGCUGUACAAAACCGUGCUGAGGGGGAAGAACGAACCUCUGGUCUCUCUGGAUAACACAGUCUCCGAACCUGACCUCCUGUCCCAGCUUCAGAGAGAAGCAGCGCCCUGCGGUGGGGACAAGGCGGCUUCGAGUGAGAUGCCAGCAGAACCAAGUGCAGCAGAGUCUCUGCUGUUUAGACUUGAUGUGAGCAGCCAGGACAGCAGAGGAGGAGCGCAGUGCCCGACGGGACAGGAAGGCCUGCAGGGAAGAACAAUGCUGGCUGAACCCGGACCCGCAGACUAUGGCGUUCCAGAGCCGAACUUUGCGGGUGCUGUGAAGCAAGAGGAAGAGCUGUGUGCGGAGGAGCGGGGAGCCACGGAGGAUGCAGAGUUUACCGAGCUCAGUGUGGUUCCAGCAGAUGAGGUGAUAAUGUUCAAAAUAGAGCAGCUGGACUCUGAGGAAUGCCCCCAAAGCUCAGAGCCCCCCGUGGCUUUAUCCGAGGAGCCGGAGGAGCUGCUUUUCCAGGGUCCCAGCGAGGCGCUGCCCUUUGAUAGUCAGUACAGCUCUCCUGUGCAGCAGGAAAACCAGAGCGUGAGCAGGCUGGUGCCAUCCACUCCAGGGGAAGAGAGUCUCGGCGAAAGCAACACUGUCACCUUCUAUGGGCAAAACUGCCCCAGCAAGAGACCUCACUCAUGUACUGCAUGUAGAAAGGGCUUCUGUCUGAAGAAGAUGCUGAUGACUCACCAGGAGAGCCAUGGCACACAAUGCAGCAGUGAGCAUGCUGGAGAUGGGGAGGGCUUCCUCCAUCAGCAGCGCCAGCAGACCCAUGUGGAAGACAGGACCCACGUGGAAGACAGGACCUCUGUGACCACAGAGAGGUUCAAGCAGAACCAGAAUGCAAAAGCCCAUGCCAGUGUCUCAGCCACAGACAAGGUGUACAGCAAUCCCAGAUGCAUAAAAAGCAUCAACACCAACGGCAGCUACAAGCCAGGUCAGAAGGGCCACCCGUGGGGAAGGCCUUACAAGUGUGACAAGUGUCAGGAGUGCUUCUCCCAAAAGAAAACCCUCAUCAUCCACCGGCGUAUGCACUCAGGCCGGAGUGGAGGGGUCCUUUGGUGCUCAUACUGUGGGAAGACCUUCAGUCACCCCUCCAAUCUGAUCCGACAUCAGAGGAUCCACACAGGGGAGAGGCCGUACCAAUGCAACGAGUGCCCAAAGCGCUUCACCCAGAAGCAGCACCUCCUCCAGCACGAGAAGAUCCACCUGCGUGAGAGGAACUGUGUGGUCGCACAGAGUGCGAGGCAGGCACCGCUACACAUGGAACUGAAUGGGGAAACCACUUGUAAGCCAGAGGUGGGGCGCAUCUCUACUCCCAGGCUGAACGGCGGCGGGCCGGCGGCAGCGGCCAUGGCCGGUCCCCGGGGCGGGCGGGCGGAGGCGGUGGCGGCGCGGCUGCUCCGCCUGGAGGCCCGCCUGGCGCGGGCGGAGCGGCAGCUGCGGGCCGCGCUGGCUCUGCGCGGCCGCCUCCAGGCGCUGGAGCAGCGACUGGAGAGCGGCGGCGGGGCCACUCCAACGUCGGCGAGGAGCGGGGCGGCCGGCGGCGGCGGCGGCCGGGAGGCAGCGCGGCCUCGGGCACUGCGGGUGCCGGUGAGGCUGGAGGACGUGUGGGUGCACUUCAGCGAGCGGGAGUGGCGGGCGCUGCGCGGCUGGCAGCGGGCCCUGCACCGCGCCGUCAUGAGGAGCAACCACCACAUGCUGCUCUCCCUCGAGCCGGACGCCCCCAGACGUGAUGCCCAGGCCAGGUCGGAAGACGGGAACCAGCCGUGUGCUCAUGAGGAGGGGGACGGGAGAGGUGAUCCUGCAGAGACUGGCACCGAAGACAGCAUAAUCCAUAUUAAGCAAGAGGAAGAGUUGUGCACUGCAGAUCAGCAACAGGGGGAGGCUGGAGAAGCUCCUGAAGAGCCCUGCCCGGCAGAGCAAGCGUUUUAUGAGCCUGAGGCUUCCAGUCAGACCAAGAAAGGCAAGGAGGCGUAUGCCAGGGAGCUGCCAAGUACAGAGGGCGAGGACCUCCCAAGAGAACCUGACGCAGGAUUUCAGCCUUACACAACUGAUGUUUUAUCAUGGAUUAAACAAGAGGAGGAGCCACGCUGCCCUGAACGACAAGACUUGGAGAAAGAAGACAUCUCUACAGAUUCAAGUACAGUGCACAAUGAAAACACAAAGAGGGACCCUUCAGCAGAUUGCUUUGAAAACACGGUGUGUGACUCGGAAGUGCCAGGAAGACCUGGAGAGAAGUUUUCUGAGGAUCCUAGACCCAGAGUGACAUGGGAUGGUCAGUGGAAUUCAGAAACAAUGGAAACAAACACCACCAGGAGCGGCCUUGGAGGAGACAUUCAGUAUGACCGAGGGCUUGCUGAGCAUGCAGAUUUCUUUAGCACUCAGGAAAACAGUGUCGGAAAGAGACCGUGCACGUACAAUAAAAGUGAGAGAAACUCCAGCCAGCAGGAACAUCUUCAGACUCCCCAGGGAGCCCAAGAAGGGGAGAUGUUUCCAGGUCCUACGUGUGACAAGGGUCUCAGUGAAAGGGUGCUCCAUCUGCUGCACUCGCAGCCGUGCGUUCCAGAUGAGAAGGGCAUCGGGCAGGGGGCUGCUCCUGCGUCCUGCGAGGGGCCACCCGCGGGGCCGCAGCUGGUGGCCCACACCAAGCGUGGACAAAACCCUGCGGGCGGAACCGGGCCUUGCAACCACAACGGCCUCGUUGGAGAGGAGCAGCCGUCUGCGGAAAGCGAGGAAAACUUCCCCGCAGAAAACCCGUUAGCCAGCCCCUGCUGGGAUCACCCGCAGGACAGGUCAGAGGCCUGCACCAGGUGCAGGCAGCACUUGGCGCCCAGGGGCAGCCUGGCAAACCAGCAGCAGAGCCAGGGCAGGGGCAAGUCCUACAUCUGCAGCGACUGUGGGAAAAGCUUCGUUUGCCAUUCGUGGCUCGUUAGACACCAGAUGACUCACACAGGAGAGAGGCCAUACAAGUGCUCCGAGUGUGACAAAAGCUACAGGAGAAAGGAUUAUCUUCUAAACCACCAGCGCCGGCACUCAGGAGAGGGGCUCUUCCAGUGCCCCCUCUGCAGGAAAAGGUUUGUGCUCAGGAGGAGUUUCCUGAAGCAUCAGGAAAGUCACAUGCAAGAAACACAUCUGACGCUGGCCAGUUGGCCCUGCACAGAGAUCAGGGGGUCUGUAAUGCACUCCAUAUAGAAAAUCCCGGCCAGCCGGGGGUUCGCAGCCUCCUUGGCUGUCACCCUUGCUGGGCAGGAGGCAUGGCCGUGGCAGGACCCCCCAGCUCCGUGCUGGACCCUGGCAGGAGGAGGAGGCUGUCGAACAGCCGUCCUGAGUCCCCUCCCGGGCAAAGGAAGGAGGUUGAGGGGUUAUUUUCUGCAGACUGCAUUGCAACAGUCUGUGGAGGUGUUUCAUGGCUUCCAGUGGUGCCAGGAGCUCUUCUGCACAUGUUGGAGUUGUGUAAGAAGUCUGCAGUGCUCAGAGUUACUGCUAGCUGUGAAUCCACGCGGCAGAGAAAUAUGGAACAAUUUGUAACACUUCAGACUGGAGAAUACCUGAAAUGUUAUCCCUAGGCUGCUGAGUCCGGAGUCCAGGGACUGGGCUGAAAACAAAUGAGUUAAAGUUACUAAUUGUUCACUAAACAAGUGAAAUGGCGUCAGGAAACACCCACCUGUGUGAAAUGUUUUGAGAAGGGAAGUGUUGACCCUGUGGCUGUUUGAAAGAAGCCUCUUCCAGAAGUGGCAACUAGACAGAGGGGAGCAGAGCCUGAGAGCUUGUUCCCGCAGUUAAAUCAGAGCUCCUGGGGCUCCCAGCUGCUGAACCCCAAGACAGGAUUCCUGAAGGCUGGCAUCCUCACCUGGAGUUGUAAAAUGACCAGGAAGCCUGGAUUGUGGUUUUAAUUUUGCAUAGCCUUAAAGUUGUGUUCCGCUCACUUGACCACGUUGUUAUAGGUCUUCUGUGUUUGUUCAAUUUUCUGAAUCCUAUGAAAACAGAAAAUUUAGAUGCUCAUUAAACCUUCUCCUUCAGAGACUGUAUUUUUGCUCAUACUCACUGUCUCUUAAUGGGAAGAGCGCUGUUGAGAGUCUGACAUGUCGUGACAUUGCAAGGACACGAUUCAUUCCUUUUCGUAAUAAAAGAGUCUGGAUAUAUCGUCUGUCACCGUGUUGUCAAUGGUGUUGAGCCUCAUGGAAAAAAAAACCCAAUCAGCAGCACUGGCUGAGUCAGGCAAGAGCCCGUUCUGGUUCAGGGCUCCCUCACUGUCAGACAAUUGUGACAAAUUGUGUUACACAGCCUUUUUACAUGCAUGUUUCUGCUUAAGUUUUGUAAGGACGCUUUUUGUUGGUUGGAAAUUUCUCUUUUUUUAAAUUAAAAUUGUUAGAGACAUGCCAUGGGUCGUUCUACGAGGGGAGGAGAAAAGGGGAGCAAGAUUGAAGCAAGAGGAGAAACCCUGGGGCUGCUGUCCCCCAAAGGCCCCUUUGCAAGGCCAGGCCGUGCUUUAGAAGAUGUGGGAGUAACGGACACAACGGAGCCGGGGGAACAGCGGGUUUCUCUUCAGGCUGGGGCUCGACCCGGGCUCAGCUCCGAACGCGCCCCCACCCCCGGGACGGGGACACGCAGAGCCAGGCCUGCGCUCCGGGACACCGCAUCCCCCUUCCUGCCGCCGCCCUCAGGCUCCCGGGGCCCUUCCCACCGCCGGUCCUCCCUGAGGGGGUUCGGGUCUGCACCCCCCCCCCCCCUCCUGCGGUCACCGGACACGGGGCUUCGCCGCGGAGCCGCUUCCCGGGAGCCGCCGGCGCCUCGCCUCAC